AUGGCGGCUGCCACGGCGGCGGCGGCGGCGCGCUGCGGGCGGCCGCUGCAGCUGACCCUGGCGCUGCUGAAGCCGGAUGCCGUGGCCCACCCCCUGGUGCUAGAGGCCGUGCACGAAACCAUCCUCAGCAACCAGUUCCUUAUCGUGCGUGCCAAGCAGCUGCGCUGCGGACGGGAAGAGAGCCGCCGGUUCUACCGGGAGCACGCGGGACGCUUUUUCUACCAGCGGCUGGUGGAGUUCAUGGCCAGUGGCCCCAUGUGGGCAUAUAUCUUAGCCCAUGAGAAUGCUGUCCCCCUCUGGAGAUCCCUGAUGGGUCCCACCAAAGUAUUCCGAGCCCGAAACAGCGUCCCGGACUCCAUCCGAGGAGCUUAUGGCCUCACUGACACCAGGAAUACCACUCAUGGCUCAGAUUCUCCAGCAUCAGCCAGCAGAGAAAUUGCCUUUUUCUUCCCCGAGUUCAACGAGCAGCUCUGGUACCAGCAGGAGGAGCCACGUCUGCGCUGCGGGCCUGUCUACUACGACACGGAGGAGCGUGUCCACCUUGUCCAGGGCUGAGGACACCCUGGGGGCUGGAAGGAUGGAUGGACUGGUGAGAUGCUUCUUCC